GGGGCGGGGACGAGGAAGGAGCCGGGGGCGCGUCGGCCCAGGCACAACUCAGCUGCGAAGCGAAAUAAAAAUGUCUGACACAAGCGAUGCAAUAUCCGCUGAAGGAAAACCUGAAGUAAUGGCAAUGCUUAGCAGUGAUGUGUUUGCUAAUGAUGCAGCAGAACACAGUGAAACAGCUGGGAUCUUGCAUGGGUCUUUCCAAGAUGAACAGAGACAAGUUUCUCAUAAUACUAGUAAUGGACAAGAAGGGGACAUGGUUAUCAAUGAAAAUCCUUUGACUGCAGAAGUAAUUGCAAAUCAGCCUUCCAGUGGAGAGGUGACUGAAAACAUACCUACUGACUGCAGUGAGUCUGUGAGCCUUGAUCCUGAACCUGGAUCAGAAGUGACACCGAAUGAACAAAGCAAUCCAGAUUUGGACUCCUCUCCUAAAGGAAGUGGAUGGGGAGCUUGGGGAUCGUGGGGCAAAUCUCUGCUGUCAACAGCCUCUGCCACAGUUGGUCAUGGAUUAACUGCAGUAAAGGAAAAAGCAGGAGCCACUCUAAGAAUUCAUAAUGUGAGUUCAACAUCUUCAGAAGGCGCACAACCUGCCACAACUGAGAGCAAAAUACCAGGGAUCAAUUCCAACGAUGCCCCAGACCAGAGCUCCAUUGGGGUUUCACCCUCUUCGCCUUCAUCUGGAUCUCGUGGGAUGCUGUCAACAAUCACUAAUGCUGUACAGAACACAGGAAAAAGUGUUUUGACAGGUGGUCUAGAUGCUUUGGAAUUUAUCGGCAAGAAAACCAUGAAUGUCCUGGCAGAAAGUGAUCCUGGAUUUAAGAGAACCAAAAUACUGAUGGAAAGAACAGUUUCCUUAUCUCAGCUGUUGCGAGAAGCGAAAGAGAAAGAGAAGCAGAGAUUGGCCCAGCAAGUUACAGUUGAAAGGACAGCACAUUAUGGGCUGCUUUUUGAUGAGUUCCAGGGUUUGUCCCAUCUUGAAGCUCUGGAAAUUCUGUCAAAUGAAAGUGAAGCCAAGAUUCAGUCAUUUUUAACAUCACUUAAUGGAGAGCAGUUGGAAACUGUGAAAAAUGACUUAAUUGCUAUUAAAGAGAUCUUCAUUCCAAAGGAAUCAAAUAAUGAAGAGGAUCAAGAAAAAAAAGCAGAGAUGGAAGAAGAGUUUGUUAGCAUGCUUACUGAGCUGCUGUUUGAAUUGCAUGUUGCUGCCACUCCUGACAAACUUAAUAAGGCUAGGAAAAAAGCUCAUGACUGGCUAGAAGAAACCAACUUCUCCACAUCACUAGACUUGGAAGAGAAGCCAGAGGAAAACAAAGAGGAUGAACAAAAGACUGAACAAGGAGGAGGAGAUGGUGGUGAUAAAACAGAAGAAAAGAAAAACAAAACCGUGGAGGAAGUCUACAUGCUAUCUAUUGAAAGCCUUGCUGAGAUAACCGCUCGUUGUAUCGAACAGCUUCAUAAAAUAGCAGAGUUAAUUCUUCAUGGGCAAGAAGUGGAAAAGACAGCCCAGGACCAAGCAAAAGUUAUGACAAAUUUAACAAGUGCCAUGUGCAAUGAAGUGUUGUCUUUAUCUAAGAAGUUUUCUGACUCUUUAACUGCCAUUGGGAGCAACAAGAAGGCAGAGCUCCUUAACCCAAUGGUCAGUAGUGUGCUAUUAGAGGGCUGCAACAGCACUACCUAUAUUCAGGAUGCUUUCCAGCUAUUGCUUCCGGUUCUUCAGAUUUCACAUAUCCAGACCAAUUGUUUGAAAGCACAAGAGUGACAGUUUCCCAGCAGUUGUCAUCACUGUGUGUAAAAGAAACCACAAACCUAAUCUCUUUAAUGUAUGCAAUUUGAAGAGAUGGCACAAAAGAUGUCUGGCCACAGAGGGGCCUUUUGAGGACACUAAACGCCGUUUUGCACAGGCAGUACUGAAAAAUAUUUGAGAAAAAUCAAAUAGAAGUUCUUUAACUAGAUGUAGUUACUAGAAUAGGUAAUUUCUUUUCAAGUUAGUGUAUAUUCUUCACGUCAAUUUAAACUGAUGAAGUGUUUAUUGAAGUUAGUAUUGACUUCAAUAUGAAGCAGGUAAUUAAUGUUGACACUUUCAAUUCUAAACAGCGAUGUCUGAAGGAAAUUUGAAAACAAUGUUUUUUUAACAUUUUGGUCCAGAUGCCCCAUUUUAAUUUUCAGUUUAAAAUGUUUACUUUUGAAAGUUAGUUUCUGUAUUUAACCUUCAUUAACUCUCAAGUUAACUUAAGCAAAUGAACUCUGUUUUGAGCAUUCCAAUAUUAUUUUUUCAGUGACAGUCUGAUAGUAAUCCUUAGCACUCAUACAGUGCUUUGGUGUUCAAAGAGCUGUACAUUAAACAAACUUCAGCUAAUGAAAAAUAUGCAUAUCAGACAUUGUACUGAAGUGAAAUUGUCUGAGCCAGUUAGAGCACAGGCAAAACUGUACAUGUGCUGACCCAUAAUUGUAUACUUACUGUAUUUAUGCCAGUCCCCUCACUCUGAUUGGCCGAAAGACAUUAUAGGCCAGAGUAGAGGGAUUUGUAGAGUAAUCAUACUCUACAACUACACAGUAAUUCAGCAAAUCCCUUCACUUUGGUUGGCAGUUGCCCUUGGAACUCCCAAUCUGUGUGCCCAUAACAAACGUAUUGCCUCAUCUUCUCAUCCUUCUCCUCAAUCUAUCAUUUCACCUAAAUCUGGUUUUUAAAUACAGUUUGUUUGUUUUUAAUAAAAGGGAUUACUGCUAGGGAGGGAUUGGAACUAAGUUUUCCUAUAAGGGUCAAAGAGGAGGAGAAGGAGAUAUGAGAAGAUUGAGUUGGGUGAGACAAGAUAGGGAGGUCACAAAUUGAAGCAUGUUGUGGGAACAUGGAAGAGGAAUUCUGUGCACAGAGCCAACCUGAGAGGGUGGAAAGCACAUUUCAGUAUAACAGUAAUUUAAGGGUUCUUGUGUUAAACUUGGUGAUAUGCAUAUCUUGGGCUUAAUAAAUUCACAGUCUUCAGCCUCAGAGUUUAUUUUGGCCAGGUUAAAAUUAUUACUUCAUAACAGUAGAAACCUUUAGUUAUUUAAGUAUCCAGUUCUCCUGAAUUGUCCAUGUUUAUUACAUUUUUCUAAACUACACUGUAAUUUUUCAUAUUGAUAUAGUGAUUAGCUCUAUUUAAAUAUUAUAAAAUUGUAGCUAACAUCUGAAUGUAUUUAACCGUUGAAGCAAUGUGUUCACACAUCAUAAACAUAAUCAGAAUAGAAUACUAGGAAAUGUUAUAAUUGUAUUUGUUAGAAAUGAGAAGCCAUUUAUCUGCCUAGGCAUGGUAACAGUAGGGAGCCUAAAUAAGAGAUGACAGAAAGCAGGUCUGUGUCUCUGCCUUACAUAAUGAGGUCCAUAUUCUGCUGUCACCUGUGUAGUGACUAUGUUUAAUAUUUCAUUAUUUAGAUGGGAGAUAUUCAUUAUGUACUUCUGUGGUUUGUUAUGCACAAUUUCUGUUCUGCCUGUGCAGAUGAACUUGGCAAGCUAAACCUGACAUUCAUUAUUACUUGCACCAUCUUGAAAUAAUAGCCCAAUAUGAAACAAAGAGGGGCACUUGGGAAAAUAUAGAAAAGAUACUGUAAACUGGUAGGCAAACUUACUGGCUGGGAAGGUAGAAUAAAGCUCUCAAUAGUCCCAAAACAAAAGCAAAUAAAUUUGAAAUAUUAGGUAUUAACCCUUUUUUCCCCAGCAUCAACCAGUUGGGACGGGAGAGGACACCCUUCCCCUUUGAUAGCCCCACCUAGCUACUACAGAGAGAUCCACACUAACUUCCUAGAACCUGGGUCUCUCCUUUUUGUUCCCCUGCCCCAGAGAGAAGAAGCUUUGUACUUUGUUUUCAUAUACCAGGUCACAUGUUUUCUCCUAGUCAUGUGCCCUGCACCUGCAGCUCCCAGUUUUAAAGGGCACAAAUCCACAACGGGUGCACUAGGAUGUGUGCAUGCCUACAAGGCCUAGUGCCCUACUAUGGAUACCUCGUUAUUUAAAGCAAUAUUUUUGUUUAAUCACAGUGUUGUCAAACUAGUAUAUCGUGCAUGAUUAAAAUCCUGUUUUCAUUUUAAAGGGAGAGUGUCAUAAAAAGUAAAGUGCCUUUAUUUAUCAGUUA